AGCGACGAUGAACCUGUCUCCAAACAAAACGUUUUUAAAAACAAAUUGUCGAGUUUUUAUUCUGAAAGUCAGGGGAGUUUACCGGAAGUCAUAUGUUUAUUUCCGGGUCUUGGCGUCUCUCUCUGACAGAAAAAAAACAGCAUGUAUGUGUUUGAGGGCUGUAGAAGCUGAGUGAACUUAUAAAUCAUCGUGGUCAUUGUCUGGUUUUCUUUUUUUUUGACUAAUCGGACUAAGGAAGAUAUCAUAUUUCAGAAUCUGAAAGCUUUAUUCAAAUUGCAGCUCGGGACGGUCUGAUGGGACGUCUCGAGACAAUAAUACCAACACGAAAGGGAGAUCGAUCACCACCACAAAGUUCUGGAUCUGGAUCUGAAAGAUGAGAUAACGCUGUGGAGAGCAGCAGGUGACUUCAGCGUUGGAUUACUGCUGAUUGUAUUUGCUGUUUGAUCUGCUUUGAUAUUUUACAUCAACAUCCUGUCAGGUUUUUUAAGAUGCCGCGGAAGAAGGGUCUCAGAAGGAGGUGUUCCCCCUGCAGGACGGUUCCCGUGGACCCCACAGAGUUUCCUGCAGACGUCCAGCAGCUGAGUAAAGAAGAGUUUCCAACUGAGCAGCAGGACUGGAGCUCCAGUCUGGACCAGGAGGAGCCACCAGAGCCCCAACACAUUAAAGAGGAACAGGAGGAACUCUGGACCAGUCAGCAGGAAGAGCAGCUUCAGGGACUGGAGGAGGCCGAUAUCAUCAAAGUUUCUAGAUUUCAGGAUCUGAAAGGUUUAUUCAAACGGCGACUGCCAACUGCAGCUCGAGAAGAACUGAUGGGACUUUUCGAGACAACAAUAUCUGGAUAUGAAAAGGAAAUUGAACGCCAGCAAAAGCUGCUGGAUGUGGUUUUAAAACCUGAAAUCAAGCUGCGAAGAGCAGGUUUGUCCAAGUUCCCUGCAGAUGUCCAGCAGCUGAGUAAAGAAGAGGAUCCCCCUGAGCAGCAGGACUGGAGCUCCAGUCUGGACCAGGAGGAGCCACCAGAGCCCCCACACAUCAAAGAGGAACAGGAGGAACUCUGGACCAGUCAGCAGGAAGAGCAGCUUCAGGGACUGGAGGAGACCGAUAUCAUCAAAGUUUCUAGAUUUCAGGAUCUGAAAGGUUUAUUCAAACGGCGACUGCCAACUGCAGCUCGAGAAGAACUGAUGGGACUUUUCGAGACAACAAUAUCUGGAUAUGAAAAGGAAAUUGAACGCCAGCAAAAGCUGCUGGAUGUGGUUUUAAAACCUGAAAUCAAGCUGCGAAGAGCAGACGUCCAGCAGCUGUUGGUGAGUAAAGAAGAGGAUCCAACUGAGCAGCAGGACUGGAGCUCCAGUCUGGACCAGGAGGAGCCACCAGAGCCCCCACACAUUAAAGAGGAACAGGAGGAACUCUGGACCAGUCAGCAGGAAGAGCAGCUUCAGGGACUGGAGGAGGCCGAUAUCACCAAGUUCACAUUCACUCCUGUGAAGAGUGAAGAAGAUGAUGAAGAGGACCCUCAGUCCUCACUGCUUCAUCAGAGACAAACUGAACAGGUGAAAACAGAAGCUGAUGGAGAGGACUGUGGAGGACCAGAACCAGCCAGGAGUUCAGAUCCAGAUAGACAUUUACAACCUGAUAUUGAAGACAACACUGAAGACUGGAAGGAUUUUGUCAGAAAAUCUUUUCGCUGCUCCGUCUGUGCUAAAACAUUUAAUCAUAAGGGAAAUCUGAAUAUACACAUGAGAACUCACACGGGAGUAAAACCGUUUAGCUGCUCUUUUUGUAGUAAAGGGUUCACUCAAAAAGUCGGCCUGGACUACCACUUGAAAACUCACACAGGAGAGAAGCCUUUCAGUUGCUCACUCUGUAGUAAAACAUAUCGACACAAAGGAGCUCUGACGUACCACAUGGCGACCCACACUGGGCUGAAGCCUUUCAGCUGCAGUGACUGCGGCAAAAAAUUCAGGGGGACAUCACAGCUCAAAAUCCAUAAGUGUGUUGGUGAGUCCUCACAGUGUCUCAGAAGUCAAAGUGACAAACACAAGAAACUACUGAGCUGCUCUGAAUGUGAUGCAACAUUUCCUAACAAUUACCUUCUGAUGACCCACAUUAGAAUGCAUAAAGGCAAGAAACUGUUUACGUGCACCGUUUGUGGUGCAAAACGCCAGUUUAGUUCCCAUCUAGAAAUACACAUGAGAACGCACACAGGAGAGAAGCCAUACAGCUGCUCUAUUUGUGGUAAAAGGUUUUCACAAAGGGGAAUUGUGAAGCAACACAUGGCAAUCCACUCAGGGGUGAAACCAUUCUCCUGCAGCGACUGUGGCAGAGGAUUCUUUUGGCAGUUUCAGAUCAAGAAACACAAGUGUCCUGGAAAGUCAUUACAGCCACGACAAAGCGGUUUUAACUGUGGAGGAUCAGAGUCGAUCAGGGUUUUUAACCCAUUUAGACAUUUAAAACCCAAUAAAGAUACAAAACUGUCUAUUGAAACUGAUGACAUUGUUGAUACUGAUUUCUGGAAAGAUACACGGCAGCAUCAGUCGGGGUUCACAUAUCGGAGAAACAAAAAAAUGUCUGUAAACAAUGGACACAACACUGACAAGAGACCACUCAACUGCUCUGAAGCCAAGACAGACAAAGGUAUUAAUUUCAGCCGACAGACCAGGCAAGGUCAGUCAGGUGUAAAAUAUCUAAAAAAUCAGGAAGUCUCUGAAAGUCAUGCAGGAUUCAGUACGGACAAGAACCCGUUCAGUCCCUCUGAGCACCAUUUACGAUCUGAAUACCAUCACACACAAGAGAAACCGUUUAGUUGCUUAUUUUGCGAGAAAGAAUUUGCAACUGGCGGAUCUCUGACACGACACGUAUCCGUCCACAUAGGAGGGAAACUACUCAGCUGCGUUGUUUGUGAGAAAACAUUCUGUCUGAGGUCAGAGCUCCUAAACCACCAGUGUGUUGGUGAGCCUUCACAGCGUCAUCAAAGCCAGACGGCAGCCAACAGAUCAUUCAGCUGCUCUCACUGUGCUAAAAGAUUUGAACGUAAGCACCACCUGCAGGUACACCUGAGAACUCAUGCUGCAGAGAAACCAUUCAGCUGCUCAGUUUGUAAGAAAACAUUCGCCAGGUGUGAAAGUCUAAGUUUGCACAUGACAUGUCACACAGGGGAGAAGCCUUUUACCUGUUCAGUUUGUAACACAGGUUUCAUUGACAGUGAGUCUUUAGUCAAACACAUGAGAAUCCAUACAAGGCAAACACAGUUUAGUUGCACAGUUUGUGGUAAAGAAUUUGCAUGGAGGAGGUAUCUGACAAAACAUAUGGAAGUUCACGCAAAUGAGAAAAUAUACAGGUGCAGUGCUUGCAACAGAGGAUUCACUCAGGUUUAUCAGCUCAGUUACCAUCGGUGUGUUAGUGAGUCAUCACAGCUUCAUCAGAGUUGUACUGAGGAGAACAGAGAGGCAGAACCUCAGGCCAGCAGCUCAACUGAACUGAUGGAAACAGAAGCUGAUGGAGAGGACUGUGGAGCACCGGAAGCAUCCAGGAAUUCGUAUCCAAAUAAAGAUUUACAACCAGAUACUGAAGACUCUUCUAAACAGACUGAUGACUGGGAGAACACCAGAGAACCUUGUUCAGGUUUAAACUUGGUGAACUGCUCUGAGCACAGUGAAACCUUUUACAACAGUCACCUCCUGGAGAUCCGCAUAGGAAACCAGACAAAAGAGAAACCACUGGAUUUGGCAGUAUGUGAGGAUCACUCUACAGACAGAGGAAGUCUGAGGAAACGCAUGGAGGUCCAUACAGGGACGCACUGGGGAGCAGGGCAGGAGGACCCAGAGCCCCCACACAUUAAAGAGGAACAGGACGAACUGUGGGUUACUCAGAAGGAAGAGCAGCUUCAAGAACUGAAGGAGGCUGAUAUCACCAAGUUCACAUUCACUCCUGUCCCUGUGAAGAGUGAAGAAGAUGAUGAAGAGAAGCCUCAGUCCUCACUGCUUCAUCAGAGACCAACUGAACAGGUGAAAACAGAAGCUGCUGGAGAGGACUGUGGAGGAGCAGAACCAACCAGGAGCUCAGAUCCAGAUAGAAACCUACAACCUGAUAGUGAUGACAGUGUUGACAGUGAUUUUUGGAAAGAGACCAGAGAACGUCCAGCUGAUUUCAAUUCUUUAACAAAUGAUGAGAUCUCUCCAAGUGUCGUGGGAUGCGACUCUGGCAAAGUGUUCAGCUGUUCUGAUGACAAGGCUUCAGAGCCUCUGGAACCUGAGAGUGACGACAGCACUGACAGUGACUUUUGGAAAGACAGCAGGACCCCACAGGAAACUCGCAGGAGACCAUACAGCUGCUCAGAGUGUGGGAGGAGGUUCUUCCACAUUCACCAUUUGAAGAAUCAUAUGAGGUUUCAUGUAAGACAAAGAGCACCGUUCUUUUGUUCUGUCUGUGGCCACCAGUGUCUUUACAAGUCCCUCCUGAAUAUCCACAUGAGAACUCAUACAGGAGAGAAACCAUUCAUCUGCCCGGUUUGUGGUAAAAAAUAUGCACAUAAGGCAAGUAUGCAGUCUCACAUGGCUGUCCACACUGUAGAGAAACAGUACACUUGUAAUGCCUGUGACAGAAGUUUUGCUUGGUAUACAGAGCUUAAAUACCAUCAGUGUGAUGGACAGUCCUAACAUUUCAGAGAGAAACCAUGUAGCUGUACAAAAGAGGAACCUGAAACAUCACAUCACACGGGUGAAGUUACUGAAAUGAAACUGUGGAGUUCAGCUGCAACUAACAGGCCUUUACAUUAGUGAUUAAUAUGAUAAUUAUUGUCAAAUGUUUUGGUGUACCAAUAGUCCAAACCCAGAGAUAUUCAGUUUCCUUCAGUGACUGAAGCUGUUAAGUUACUUUUAUCAGAUGAAGAAGUGGCUUUUUAAUAUUAUCAUUAUUGUACUAAAGAUGCUUUAAACUCAGACUGUUGUCUUUUGUGAUAAAUUCUUUCCCUUUACAGAAAUAAUCUUAGACCAUAUAUGUUUUAAAUAUUGAUGACUGUGUUCAGUCCAUGUACAGAGGAACAUGUACAUUCAUCGGACUGUGUGUUCACUGCUGUAUAUCUACCACUCAGCGUUCCUUUUUAUUUUGAAUGUUGUGUUAUCAUUGUUAUUUCUACCACAAAGUCACUCAGUCACUCACUUCAGAGGAAGAUUCAGAUGAUUUCUGCUGAUGACAAUAAAUUUAAAACUUGAAUCUUGGAGCUUUCCAUUGUUAAAGGUGCAGUUUGUAAGAUAUUGCCUGAAAUUCAGUUUAAAACAUUCAGAAAAUGAACUAACAUUAUCAACAGAAUGUGAAGAAACAACAAUGAUGUUAUGUCAAAUACAUGUAUGUAUUGUUUUGCAGAGAUAUCCACUGAAGCUGACAAUAGCCAAAGAUAACUACCACAAACAGUACGGUGAUCAGCAGGCGGCAGUUACACUGGUGACAUGCUGGCCCCUGUGUUUCUGGAGCCGCCUCAGAUUUCUGACCAUAUUUUAAGUUUCACCUUUAAAGCUAAUGUAAGACUUCAUCAUCUUGAUGGUUGAUGUGCUCUAUUUAAGAUUUGAUAGAACCAUGAGAAUAAUCUACAAAAUAAAUUUCAGUUAGAAACAUAUUCUUCAUAUCAGCCAUUGAGUGAAAUUGUUUUUAAUAUUCAAAAUUUUCUUCACGCCUAAGGUUUCGUUUUAGUGUACAAUCCUGUAUAUGAAUUAGGAAUUGAUUGAACUUGAGGAAAAUGGGGCUGAAUUGUGACAAUGAUGAACUUUUCAUCAACAUUUUAAAGAGUAUUUUAAUUGGAAAUCAGGUUCAGAAACAUUUUAAAUUGCAUCAGUAUCUAGGGUUUCUAUGAAAUUUUGUAUGGAUUAAUGUUGUUUACAUUUUAAUAAAUUAUGAAUCAAAACAU